AUGGCGCGACCGGGCAGGAAUAAGAAGAGCAAUAGCACUACGAAUAACAUCUCAGAAGAAGCCAAGGAAGCGCUCUCCUUCAUCCCGCCGACCAUCCACCACUCUCCUCUCCUCCACGGCCAGUCCUACACCGUCUACUCACCACGCCCCAACACAAUUCAGCCAGCCGACCCAAACGCAACACUAUCAUCUCCCACCGAAAACGAGAAACCGACGCCAUGCGUCCUCGGCGUGGACGAAGCCGGCCGCGGCCCCGUGCUCGGCCCCAUGGUCUACAGCGCAUUCUACCUGCCCAAACACCUCGAACAAUCCCUCCUCACCGACACGCACAACUUCGACGACAGCAAAGCGCUCACCCCGAGCGUGCGCGCCACGCUCAUGCACUCCCUCUGCACACCGUCCACUGCACUGCAUGACUCCUGCGGCUGGGCCGUCAAAGUGCUUUCAGCCCGCGACAUAUCCGCCGGCAUGAUGCGGCCCGGUAUGGGUGUAUACAACCUCAAUGCGCAGGCAAUGGAUGCCACGAUUGAGAUAAUCAAGGGUGUUUUGGAAGAGAGGCACAUUGAUGUGAAGGAAGUGUACAUUGACACCAUCGGGAAUCCCGCGACGUAUCAGCAAAAGCUGCAGCGGCUGUUUCCGACGCUGAGCAUCACCGUUGCGAAGAAGGCGGAUUCAUUGUAUCCGUGUGUGAGUGCGGCGAGUGUCGUUGCCAAGGUUACGCGUGAUGUGGCGCUGGAUGUUUGCUAUGAGGCUUUUCAUCGGGCUGUUGUUGAUGAUUGUAACGACGAUAAUGAUCAUGAUACAGAUAUGAAGGAUGCAGAGGAUCCGCCUACAGAGUCUACAGCAGAAGAGAAUGGAUGGGGAAGCGGCUAUCCAUCAGACUCCAAAUGCGUCAGCUGGCUGCGUCAAAACUUGGACUCUGUAUUCGGCUGGGGGAACGAGUGCAGAUUCAGCUGGGGCACGGCAAAGGAAAUGCUCGAAGGGAAAGAUGCUGUGAGGGUGGAUUGGCCUGCCGAUGAAGAUGAGGGAGCUGGACUCGCUGAUUUUCUACUGUCGAAUACUACUCGUACCCCUGCGUCUGCUCUGGCUGGGAAGCAUGACGAUGUUAGUAAUUGGUAUGGAACGAGGGUUGGGGCUGUCUUUUAG